AUGCCGGUGUCAGAUGUGGGAACGCAAGCUGUAACUGCAGCGACAAUAGCCGUCUCACGCGUGCCUACGGACGAACCCGGGCAGAUAUCAGAGGUGAUGGGGAUUACUCUGCGCCUAAGUGUAUCUCUGGAAAUCAAGAUCCUUAGCGCUCUGGUGAUGCUCUUUCUUUUUCUUUUGUUCCUCAUUCUGGUACUGUGGGACCGUUACGGCAAAGAGAUAGGAGAGCUUUACACGUCACCUUUGGGUACCAAUGCGCAGGGACAAAGUACUUGCGACGUCAAGGUGCACGACGUCGCCGACGAAUUUUCUAUCUACCAGAACAACGGUUGUGUCACUCUUGUCUUGGGCCGCUGUAGUAGACGACACCUUGGUGUACUGAGGCAGCGUAGUCUUUGCUGUAACCUCAACUGUGUUAGUGGCUGGCCAAAUAGUACAGCACUCAAGAGCGGGAGAAUAACCAGCUCUAACGCGCUGGCAAUGGCUUUGCGAAUCGAGUCCAGCUGCUUAAGGAAGACACUCGUCACCACUCCAACCAAUGACAUGAUGAGCACCAUCGAAAAAACGUAA